GUGUUGAAAAAGUGCCGAAUGUUUGUUUUGGUGCCCAGCCGAACUAUAAAAUGUUGAAGGCGAUUUGUUUACGUAAAUUUAUCAAUAAAAAAGUAUUAACGAAAUGUCACAGAUUGUAUGGAGCAGCAGCUGAAGUGUCUGGUAGCUCGCGUCAAAGAGGGUGGCUUCUCGCCAGGGAACGCUACCGGAAACAUGAGCACGUUUAUUACAGCUCUGUUUUGGAAAGCAGAUGGAAACCGCCGCCGUCAAUUUCGGCCCCAUCUGAAAGUCUUCCCGAAGACUGGAUGGACGAAUAUGAGUUCUAUCAAGGAGCCAAGGAAGGCUCCAAUAAACAGGGCACGCCGGAUCCGUCGAUUCCUGCUUCUAAAGUUCCCUGCAAUGGUUGUGGCGCACACUUGCAUUGCUCCAGAGCUUCCCUCCCUGGCUACAUACCCAGCGAAAUUUUUCGAGGACGAACGAGGGCCGAGCUCCAUACCAUUACAUGCCAGCGAUGCCAUUUUCUUCACAAUUACAACAUUGCCUUGGACGUGGAGGUGACUCCGGCCUCGUAUGUGGAAACGAUUUCCCAGAUACAGGACAAAUAUGCCCUAGCUAUUGUCAUUGUGGAUCUACUCGACUUUCCCAGUUCUAUUUGGCCGGGCAUGCAGAACGUUUUAGGAACCAAACGCCCAAUUUUUCUUGUGGGAAACAAGGUGGAUCUCCUCCCUCGAGACUCCAAUAUUUACCUGCAGCACGUUAAAGAAUGCCUUCGGAAUGAGUUUGUACGAUACGGCGGUGGAAACGAGCUAAACAUAAAAAAUGUUAGUCUUAUUUCCGCCAAAACUGGAUACGGCAUCGAAGAGUUAAUCACACAGCUACAAAAGACAUGGGCUUAUAAGGGCGACGUCUAUCUCCUGGGCUGCACAAAUGUGGGAAAAAGCUCUCUCUUCAAUAUCUUGCUGAACUCUGACUACUGUCGCCCAGAAGCCAGUGAUCUUGUUCGGCAGGCAACUACGUGUCCAUGGCCAGGAACCACACUGAAACUCCUUCGAUUUCCUAUCCUGAGGCCAUCUAACGAUAGAAUUUAUCUGCGCUUCAAGAGACUGAUGGCAGAGAGAAGUGAAAAGGCAGCAAUUGAGAAACAUCGGAGGGAAAAGGCUAUUGAUACAGGAAAUCCUCUCGCCGCCCAGCCGUCAGGUGCCGUUGGACGUACCUUUGAUGGUAGAAACGAUGUCCACGAUGCGUUUUCCAUGUCCAGUGGCACGCGACCAAUUACCACAUUGAACGAGCAUGCAGCGGAGUACAAGGAGGCAAGAUGGGUGUACGACACACCUGGCGUGAUGCAUCCAGACCAACUCACUCCACUCCUGACAGCUGAGGAGCUGGUUCAACUACAGCCUACCAAGAUGAUUCGCCCCAGGGCGUUUCGUUUGCGGCCACAGAUGUCCAUUUUUCUUGGUGGAUUGGCUCGAAUGGAUCUUUUGGAGUUAAGAAGCUAUAAAAACCAGUUUGACUGGAUUAAGGUGUUUGUAUUUGCAUCCGAACAUCUUCCCGUGUUGAUAUCGGAUACCCAAGAAGCGGAUAAUAUUUAUAAACGAUACUUGGGCACGCCCUACCUUGGUGUCCCCACAGCUGGAGGGGAUUUAGAAGCGCGUUUACAUCGCUGGCCCGGAUUGCAGGCUAAAGAGGAUGAAAUCGUCGUGGAAAGCAAGGGAAGAAGUGAAGGAAGGCUAAAUUGUGAUAUAACGCUUAGCUCGGCAGGAUGGAUGGGACUGCUACUGCCCGGCCAUUCGGAAUGUCGUCUGCGGGUGUGGACACCUAACUCGACUGGAAUUUACAAGCGUGAUCCAGCUUUAAUACCUUUAGCGGAUCGUCUAGUCGGAAAACAUAUUCGAAAUUCUCUAGCCUACAACACUUCUAAACCUUUUGUAUUUAAAAAAUAAAAGAAAUCAUUGUUAUUGUUUGAAAACUAAA